AGAAAAACCAAGGAACGUAACAUUUUAGCUGCACUACGCCGCAGAAGUUUGGAAGCAACAGUGACUUUGUAAAAUUAACUCGAAUGUUUUGAUGAGACGUUUAUUUCUAUAUGGAAUGAAAAGGUGUAACUAAAUGUCUGCAGCAGUAACAGACAACUAACUGAUUCCUCGUUUGAGGUUAAUUUUUGAUGAGUAUUCACCUCCUCUUGAAUGUUUCCACGUUUGAUAUUUUUACAACCUGGAACUGAAAUGUACUUGAUUUUUUAAUAAUUUGUCUAACAUUUAAAGGAGCAGAAUGUUAUUCUGAGAAAGAAUGAUAUAAAACAAAGCAGACUUUUGUUGGUUGAAUGCGUGUUCCACCGACUGGGUCAAUACAAGCUUUGUAUUUGGAUCCUGAUUGUUUUGCCCAUUCUUCUUGGCACACUUGUUCAAGCUCUGUCUUGCCACCGAUUCUCAAUCGCACUGAUGUCCGUGCUUUGACUGGGUCAUUCUAACAUCUUCAGGAUCAUGGUUUUGGCAACAUGCUCAGUGUCGUUGUCUUUUGGGACAUGAACCUCCUCUGCAGUCUCAAGUCUCCUGCAGGCUGGAGCAGGAUUUCUUCUACGAUUGCCCUGUAUUUAGCUCCAUCACGUCCCUUUAACUCCUGUCCAGUGUCUCAUUCCCUGCUGAUGAAAAGCAUCCCCACACCACCAUGCUACCACCACCAUGCUUCACUGUAGGAAUGGUGUUAUCGAGGUGAUGAGCAGUGUCUGGUUUCCACUGGACAUUCCACUGCUUCGUACCAAGACCUAAAGUGUGUAGAAAUUUUGUGUAGAUUCAUGCCUUAUUAAUAUUAUUAUAAAAUAAUUCAGUCCAUUUCAGUUCCAGGUAGCAACAAAAAUGUGGAAAAGUUCACGGGUUGUGAAUACUUACGCGAAGCUCUGUACAUCUGACCUUCACAUCUAGGAGCUCCUGUAGGUUGAUGAACUGAAUAGAGUUGGAUAAAUUAGGACUUAAUGGCAAUUGUUAAUAAUUUUAAUAGUAUCGUAAUAAUUCACACUGAGAGACUGUUACCAUCAAGAUCAGGGGAAAGCACCAAAUCAGUGAAAUAUUUAGGGAGAACGUGUUGGAGUAAAUAAUCGACGUGAUCGUAAACUAUUAUUGACCCCGCUGCUUGCUUCCGCGUCUUUGGCCUGUAGUGUUGUUCGAUUUGAGUGUAUGUUUUUCUGUUGGACUUGUAAUGGAAUGAGAGAACUCCUUGGUGUACAUUAAACCCCAAAGGGAUCUCGCAAAAAAGAAACGUCAAAUCAUUAACAAGUUCUGUUCUACUAGUAAACUAUUAUAUACUUUUAUACUAUUAUAUAUAGCUGUCAAAUGAAAUAAGCUAGGGAGAAAAUGAUACCAGAAAUCACAACCUUAAUUGUGCUAAACAUGUGGCAUCGCUUAGGCUGCACUAAGGUGCCACAUGGAGUGCUUGGUUGGAUGAGUGCUGGAGUGUUUGCGGCGUGGUAAUGGCUGGUUGUGAUUUCUGGUGUCACUCCUUCAUCAGGAAUGGAGGCUCCCGUGGCUGAGAUGGAAGUGUUGAUGGUUGGAAGUCUGGCAGAAAAACAUACCUACUCAAGAUGUGGACUCUCUCUUAUUCGUGAAAUGGUGUUCAGUUGAUAGGCAGAGGAGCUUCAUUGCUGAAAUGACUAUCUUUGUGAAACAGCUGCGUAGAAAUAUUUUUGCUCGUGAGCACGGCUCCAAUAAAAAGCUGGCAGCCCAGUCGUGCGCUCUCUCCCUGGUCCGUCAGCUGUACCAUCUAGGUGUCAUUGAGGCUUUUACAGGACAGACCAAAAAGAAAGAAGGAGAGACGUUGGACGUGUAUAAUGUGAAUGUUAGCGAUGAGCUGAAGCAUCAGCUACGGAGCGUCAUCCAAGAGUUCGGCAUCCAGAUUCCUCCACCUGAUCCUAGUGGUCCGGUGUCUCUGGUCCAGGGGAAGUUGGCCCAGUUCGAGCCGUCGCAGAAGCAGAGUACAGGAGGUGUGGUGCAGUGGUCUCCUCCUCAGGUCAACUGGAACCCUUGGACCAGCAGCAACAUUGAUGAGGGACCUCUGGCUUUUUGCACCCCAGAGCAGAUCAGCUCAGACCUGCAGAGUGAGCUCCACUACCAAAUAGAUCAUGACACCAACCUGCAGGAGAGGCUGCGUGAGCGAGAGCAGCUGCCUGUCAAAAAGUUUGAGGAGGAGAUCAUGCACACCAUCAACAGCAAUCCGGUAGUGAUCAUCCGCGGGGCUACAGGCUGCGGGAAGACCACUCAGGUGCCGCAGUACAUCCUGGACCAGUACAUUCGCGGAGGAAGAGCCUCAGAGUGCAACAUUGUCGUCACUCAGCCUCGGCGAAUCAGCGCCGUGUCAGUGGCUGAGCGUGUGGCGUACGAGAGAGGUGAGGAUCUGGGGAAGAGCUGCGGGUACAGCGUGCGCUUCGAGUCCGUCCUGCCCAGACCGCACGCCAGCGUCCUCUUCUGCACCGUCGGGGUUCUCCUGAGGAAGCUGGAAGCUGGAAUCCGAGGAAUCAGCCACGUGAUCGUGGAUGAAAUCCAUGAGCGAGACAUUAACACCGAUUUCCUGAUGGUGGUGUUACGAGACGUGAUCCACGCCUUCCCUGACGUCCGCGUGGUCCUUAUGUCCGCCACCAUCGACACGACCAUGUUCAGAGAAUACUUCUUCAGCUGUCCCAUCAUAGAAGUGUUUGGACGCACGUACCCAGUGCAGCAGUAUUUCCUGGAGGACUGCAUUCAGAUGACACAGUUUGUUCCACCGCCGUCAGAUAAGAAGAGAAAAGACAAAGAUGAAGAAGGUGGUGAGGAGGAGGUGAACUGUAACUUGGUGUGUGGACCCGAGUACGGUCCGGAGACCAAACGCUCCAUGGCCCAAAUGAACGAGAAGGAAACUCCGUUUGAGUUGAUCGAGGCUCUGUUGAAGUACGUCGAAACGCUCCAAGUGGCCGGGGCCGUGCUCGUCUUCCUGCCGGGCUGGAAUCUCAUCUAUUCCAUGCAGAAACACUUGGAGAUGAACGCACAUUUCGGUAGCCAUCGUUACCGGAUCCUGCCUCUCCACUCUCAGAUCCCCAGAGAGGAGCAGAGGCUGGUGUUUGAGCCCGUACCUGAAGGAGUGACUAAGGUUAUUCUAUCGACAAAUAUUGCCGAGACCAGCAUUACAAUCAACGACGUGGUCUAUGUCAUUGACUCCUGCAAGCAGAAGGUGAAACUCUUUACUGCCCAUAACAACAUGACCAACUACGCCACCGUGUGGGCGUCCAAGACCAACCUGGAGCAGAGAAAGGGCCGAGCCGGACGCGUCAGGCCAGGCUUCUGCUUCCACCUGUGCAGCAAAGCACGCUUUGAGAAAUUGGAGACCCACAUGACUCCAGAGAUCUUUCGCACGCCGCUGCAUGAGGUGGCGCUCAGCAUUAAGCUGCUCAGGCUUGGUGCUAUCGGCCAUUUCCUGGCCAAAGCAAUCGAGCCUCCUCCUCUGGAUGCUGUUAUUGAAGCUGAACACACUCUCCGAGAGCUUGAUGCCCUGGACUCUAAUGAUGAGCUGACUCCACUGGGACGCAUCCUGGCCCGACUGCCCAUCGAGCCUCGUCUGGGGAAGAUGAUGAUCAUGGGCUGCAUCCUAAACGUAGGAGAUGCCGCAUGCACCAUUUCUGCCGCCUCGUGCUUCUCCGAGCCGUUCAUCAGCGAGGGCAAGCGUUUAGGGUUUGUGCACAGGAACUUUGCAGGCGCACGGUUCUCUGACCAUGUGGCCCUGCUUUCUGUCUUUCAAGCCUGGGAUGAAGUCAGGAUGGGAGGAGAGGAGGCAGAAGCCAGGUUCUGUGAGCACAAGCGUUUGCAUAUGUCCACUUUAAGGAUGACAUGGGAGGCCAAAGUCCAGCUAAAGGAGAUUCUGAUUAACACUGGGUUUCCUGAAGAGUGCCUGAUGAAUCAGGUGUUCAACAACGUGGGGCCAGACAAUAAUCUGGACGUGGUGAUCUCCUUGCUCACCUAUGGCUGCUACCCCAACGUCUGCUACCACAAAGAAAAGAGGAAAAUCCUGACCACCGAGGGUCGAAACGCACUCAUCCACAAGUCUUCUGUUAACUGCCCUUUCUCCAGUCAAGACCCGAGUUAUCCGUCACCUUUCUUCGUCUUUGGGGAGAAGAUUCGAACCCGAGCCAUUUCAGCCAAAGGGAUGACCAUGGUCAGCCCUCUCCAGCUCAUUUUGUUUGCCGCCAAGAAACUCACUUCUAACGGAGAGGUGGUCGUACUCGAUGACUGGAUCAACCUGCGUAUUGAGCAUGAAGUAGCUGGUGGCAUUGCCGGCCUGAGAGCUGCGAUGGAGGCUCUCGUGGUGGAAGUGACUAAAGACCCAGAGUACAUCAGGAGUAUUGAUCCCGCCAAUGAACGCCUGCUGAAUGUCAUUCGGCUUCUCUCCAGACCCUCCUCUGCAGGACUCAACCUCAUGACCAGCAACCCACGUUUUGGAGACGGUCCACGGCCUCCGAAGAUGUCCCGGAUGGAUGGCGGAGAUGGAGGGUUCCAGGGUCGGGGAGGAUACCGAGGAGGUGGAGGUUACGGUGGUGGAGGUGGAGGUUACAGGGGAUCCGGAGGAUACAGAGGGUCUGGAGGUUACAGAGGGUCCGGAGGGUUCAGAGGGUCUGGAGGGUACAGGGGUGGAGGUGGAUACCGGGGUUCGGGCGGGUAUCGGGGUGGAGGUGGAUAUGGAGGAGGUGAAGGUGGAUACAGAGGGGGUGGAGGUGGUUACAGAGGUGGUGGAGGUGGUGGAGGUGGUUACAGAGGGGGUGAAGGUGGAUACAGAGGGGGUGGAGGUGGUUACGGUGGAGGACGUGGGUUCAACAGAGGUGGAUAUGGAGGAUUCUAGUGAGGGAUCUGGUGUUUUAGACUGUGAAGAUGUUCAUGUCAUUUUAUCUCCAUGUGGAACGUUGCGUUGUACGAUUAAUUUUUUUGUGUUAAGAAAAGUUCCCCCAGUCUAGACUAGACAGUAGAAACUAUUCUGUUUGGACAAUUACUUUAAAAAAAUCUAUGCAUCAGAAUAGAGUCUAAUAUUUACACAGUGAUUCUUUCUUUAACAAGUGACCAAGAUUUAAUUUACUGUAAUGUGUUAAGUUUAAUGUUUUGAUAAACUGCAAAGUGCUUGUGAAAUUGGUGUUCGUUCCUCGAUUGAAAUGUCACAGUAAAGUCUAUGAAAUAA